AUGCCAACUGCAAAGGAGUUCACUGCCAAGCGGCUGCGAGAGUUUGGCGAGUCGCUGCUCAAUGAGUAUGAGAUCCUCCUCGCAGGGCAACUCAAGAGGGUCCAGGAGGACAUGGAAGAGUUUUUCGCCGGCAGGCCUCCGGAGGCUUCGGUGGUCCGAGAGGUCAGCAAGAACAGCAACCGAGUUGUCGUUCGCGGAGCCAGCAAGGCCAGCACCAACAGUGUGGCGCCGAAGCCGCCGGGCACGGAUACCUUGAAUCCCAUGACAACUCCCGCGGAAGGGUCGCCAUGGGAAGGGGACCUGUGGAAGGUGCAAGAGGACGAAGCGAAUGAGGACGAGUCUACUGGGCCGGCCUCUGAAGCGAGUGACAAUGACGGGACGGGAUUUGCCCCAUCGCCCCAGACGUCGCUGCUCUUUCCGGAGUCUCCGAAGAGGGAUGGUUUUGCACCACUCAUUCCCCACGGCAUCUCUGAGACCAGUGUCAGUGGCAUGAGCAUUAGCGUCAGUAUACCUGAUCCAAGAGGAAUUGAGCUACAUUCCGUCUGGACCAACGAUGACUUCUCUCGACAGGUCUCCAAAGCCUCAGCCGGCGGACUUGGCCAAGACUUCAUCGGGCGUUUGUCUCAGAAAUCCUCCAUCCGCUCGGGUCAGAUGGUACUUGAGAAAGGGCUGCUGCAGAAAGCUGUGAUGAGGCCAAGCAGCAUGCGCUGCUUGCUGUGGGACACGAUCUGCACCAUCACGAUCGUCCAUGAUGCAUUGAUGAUUCCUGUGCUGUCAGCGUUUCCUGUCGACCGUGCUGGCAUUCCAGAGACAUUGGAGCUUAUCAGCAGCGGGGUGUGGCUGGUGGACCUGUUCGUUUCUUUCUUUCGGGGCUACCUGGACGUCCGCACAGGCUUUGUGGAGAUGAGAUUCAGGCGCAUAGCACGCAACUAUGUGACACAUUGGUUCAUGGCAGACUUAUCCAUGAUCGUCUUGGAUGCUGCUUCGCUUUUCAUCAUGGAGGAUGACACUGUCGAUGCAUUGACCCUUCUGAAGAUGUCAGAUCGAUUUACGAUCUUGCGGGAGCUCUUCUUCACUUUGGAGCACCUGCCCAAAAGAUUGCCUGGUUUUGUUGACUGUGCAGUGCUGGCCGUGAUUGAUCUGUACGAACUGGAAUGGACUUCUGUCUACUUUGCCACCUUUGCAGGUGUGCUGCAACACCUGGGCGUCAUCGCUCUGCUGUGCCACUUCGUAGGCUGUGCUUGGUAUGCCCUGGGCGGUAUAUCAAGUGCUGAGAUCACUUGGGUGAAGGCUCAUGCGGCAUCCAGGGGCGAGGAGUUCAGCAAUUCUGCAGGAUGGUUCUACUUCUACAUGAGCCCCUGCUCUGAGGCGCUGACCCAGUUCACUCCGGCCGCCAUGGACGUCUCAGCCGUGAACACACCUGAGCGGAUCUUCUCUGUGGUGGUUUGCCUGGCGGGCCUGAUUGCCUUCAGUUUCUUCCUCGGUACCAUCAACCAGUCCUUCUCGAAGUUGCGGAGCCUGACAGCACAGGAGACGCGGCAAAACCAGCUCGUCCGGCGAUAUGUGGGAGACAAGCGCGUGUCUGCCGACCUUUCCAGCGAGGUCCUAGCCUGUAUCCGUCAGAGAGGGCUUGGCAAAGCCACUGGCAAGGUGGUCUUCUCCGACAUCAAGGUUCUUCAGAACUUGCCAGCGAACCUCCUCUGCCGCUUGCAGGAAGAGGUGGGAUUUCCUGUGCUUGAACAGCACGGAGUGUUCAAAUACCUGACUUACCUUAGCCUGGCAGACGUCGCACGGAUGUGCCACAAAGCGCUACGGGAGUCCAGCAUCAUAUACGGUGAAGACCUUUUCCAAUCAGGAAUGCCGGGAACCGCCAUGUAUUUCAUUCAAAGCGGAAGGAUGCAAUAUUCUUGGGACCAGGCACCUCAAGUUUAUGAGAACGUGCUGCCAGAACAAAGGGCUUGUGAGGCCUCUCUUUGGAUAUCCUGGGAGCACCGGGGGCGCAUGACUUGUGCAGACCAGUCCACACACUACUUCCAAGUGGAUGCCUCGGCACUUCACAAGAUUAUGGGGCGGAGCGAGCAGCGUGAUUUGCUUGCCAUGUAUGCGAAGACCUUUGUCAAAACAUUGCUUGAGCAGUACGGCACAAUUGAUGAAGCUUCAGACCUAUACGGAGAUGACGAGGUCGUUGCGAAGAUCCUGACGCCCAUCCGUAGCUGGCAAGCAGGAAUCAUGAGUUUCAUGCCAGGUGCAAACGGCACCGUCCAGCUUCGGGCUUGUUUUCUGGCAUGGAAAACAUUUGUUCGGGAUGGCUCCGGUCGAGAAGGAAAUGCUCAGUGGUUUGGCCGCCUCGCCAAUAAGUUGGGAGAGCUGGGAGGUCGGCAGUCUAGCUGA